AUGCAGGCAGCAGAUUGCAAAUGCAAGAAGCAAAUGAAGGGAAAAGCAAUGAGGCAGUUGUUCUAUUUUGCGCUCUUCCUUUCUUUGGCAUUUGGCCCAAGAAGCUGCUUUGGCUUCUGGCCUGGGAUAAAGCACUUUGUGAGAAUUGAGAACGAGCUGGCCAACCAACAACUAAACUACCAUUGUGAAUCCGAUAUGGACGAUCUUGGCUAUCGCAUUCUUGCUCCCCAUCAGGAGUGGGAAUUUAAAUUUCGAGCUAGCUUUGACACAUUUUUUCAAUGCUCAAUGUGGUACGCGAAUUUCAUCGUUACGUUUGAUGUAUUUUAUCCAAGUGAUGCGUUUAUGGACAGGUGUGGGGGAGUUCAUUGCAUAUGGAGAACUCAAGAGAGUGGAAUCUACUUAUUUCACAUCAAGACUGGAGAGUGGGAGAAAAUGUAUGACUGGAGAACAAGAACAUGA